GAAACCCAAUGAAAACAUAGGAAGAAAUUGCGGCGAUUUGAUGGAAAAUGGGGGACCAACAGCAGCAACAACUGAUUCUGGCCACCGGUGGAUAUGAUCACACAAUCAAGGUGUGGCAGGCGCACACCGGCAACUGCAUUAAAACAAUGCGCUUCGUGGAAACCUCUCAAGUGAACGCCUUGGACAGGACACCGGAUAAGACCCGGCUAGCGGCUUGUGGCUACCAGUGCAUACGUUUAUAUGACCUGGAAUCCAAUUGCACGGCUCCGGUCAUCAACUUUGAUGGCGUGCAGAAGAAUGUGACGCGCCUGGGCUUCCAGGAGGACGGCAACUGGAUGUUCACCGCCGGCGAGGAUCAUCACGUUCGGAUCUGGGACAUGAUCUCGGCACCACCGCACUGCUCCCGAGUGUUCGAUUGCGAGGCGCCGGUAAAUGCCGCUUGUUUGCAUCCAAAUCAAGUGGAAAUUGGAAUGGGCUCGCAAAAUGGCAGCGUUUUUCUGUGGGACGUCAAGUCCGAGAAGCAUGAACGGAUUGUGCCCGAGGUGGAUGCCUCCAUCCAAGAUGUGGCCAUCUCACCAGACGGUCGCUUCCUGGCCGCUGGCAACAACAAGGGCAAUUUUUACAUCUGGUCACUGACCAGCAGUCCCGACCAGAAGAUGAGCACCCUCAGGCCGAUGAAGAAGAAAAAGGCGCACAAGCGCUACAUCCUGCGCUGCAAAUUCAGUCCCGACUCGCGACUAUUACUCACCACCUCUGGUGAUGGCACUGUUUGCAUUUGGAUGACGGAUGACUUUAGCAAGUGGGGGGAAUUGUGCAUCGAAAACUAUUGGGUGUGGGAUGCGGCCUUUAGUGCCGAUUCCAAAUGGCUCUUUACCGCCUCCUCGGACGGUGUGGCACGCCUCUGGAACUUGGAAGCAAAGAGCCCAAUAAGGGACUAUACUGGCCACACAAAGGCCAUCACUGCCCUGUCCUUCAAGGAUGAGAUUGUUGGUAAAUAAUAGCUUGUAGUUGUUAGUUUGCAGUAGCAGUAGCAUAUAUUGGCUAUAGAUUUUGUAAGCUUUGUGACCGUGUCACAUCCGGGAGCGAGUCCUAAUCCCGAUUCUGUCCGUCAAUGGAUGGAUACAAAGGCAUAAUUUGGCCAUUUUUGGGGGCAGUUUUGUUGCAUUUAGCGAUGGUGAUGACCAUGUGGACUCCAUAGCAAUCCAGAACUGAAGCGCAUCAGCUCAACAUACGUCGCGAUCAGUUAGUAAACGUGUAACUACUACCUCUGGAAAUUAGCGCUUGGCUUUUGUAGCGACUUUUUAAUAAUUUAUAUAUAUAUAAACCUUUGAUACAUAAUUAUUACAUUAUUUUAUUAUAUAUUAAGACUAAAUCAUGUGUGCAAAAGUUUACAGUUUGAAUAAUACACCGGCAUUCAAACGAAAAUAAAACCAAGGAAUCUUUAA